CUACGCAAGAAAUGUGACGUACGCCUGUGGGCCGGACCGUGAGUUGGAGAAAGGGAAUGUCGGUCGGCGAGAGAUCGGUUACAGAGGCGGCCGGGAGCGUCAGCAGAAUGGUAGCACAACAGAAGAACCUUGAGGGGUACGUGGGAUUCGCAAAUCUCCCCAACCAAGUGUACAGAAAGUCUGUGAAGAGGGGCUUCGAGUUCACUCUCAUGGUCGUCGGAGAAUCAGGUUUGGGGAAGUCUACACUCAUCAACUCCCUGUUCCUGACAGACUUGUAUUCUCCAGAGUAUCCCGGACCCUCUCACAGAAUCAAGAAAACCGUUCAGGUAAGAUCAGGCUGGAUCACUACUCUGACAUCACUCUGA